AUGAUUGGAGACUCUAAUUGCUGUAGGCGCUUUACUACUUCAGCUUUGUCUGAGUCAAACUUCAAGUUUAGAAGAGAGCAGACCUCCCAAGUUUUCUCUGCUUCGCGCCUAAUUGCUUCCUCCGAGUUGCGAGCCCCGAAUAUUGGUUGUGUCAGCUCCCUUAUUCUCGUCGUAGUUGUUUACAUUUCUAUUGUGUCUAUUGGUUUCUGUAGCGCAAUGGCUUCCAAUGUGACUAACCAAUCGCGUAAUGUGUGCAGUAAAAAGUUCAUGGUUAGAAAAGAGGACACUUUGGACAAUAUCAAUCUCUUCUCUGUAAUAACCAUAAUUUCUUUUAUCCUAUUGGUUCUUGCUGCCAUUUUAAUGGAAGUUGUCAUGUUCACUCCUUCAUAUCUACAGUCUGCAGGUUUGAAUAUUAGGGAGCUAUGCAUGAGAUAUCUUCUGGCAGGAUUCUGUUUCCACAGUUAUCAGCAGGUCUCUUACAUGAUACUGCAGACGGUAUCCCCAGUUACAAACUCUGUAGGAAAUUGUGUUAAGAGAGUUGUGGUCAUCGUCUCUUCCGUUAUCUUCUUUCAAACGCCUGUUUCACCCAGUAAUUCCCUUGGCACUGCAGUGGCUCUUACUGGAAUCUUCUUGUGUUCGAAAGAAAAGCGAAUGAAGCCAAAGCCAAAGGCUGCCGAGUUGGUAUGA